AUGAAGAGGCAAUCGACGACUUCAACGUUUAAUAUUUCAAUGGAGAUGGGGAGAAAUAUUAAAAGAUAUUUUGCUGUGGGUUUGACUUGCAAAAUAAGGGAAAGCUCCAAUUUCAUAGCUCAAGGCAAGGCAUCUGAUUUUGAAUGCAUGAAAAUUAAUUUUUUGAGAAGAGAACUUGAAAAACAUUUCUUCGAAUUCAGCUUUUAA